CCCAGAUGUCCAAGGUGCAAGCGGGGGCUAUAAAGCAAGAGGCUGUGGAACAUAAGGCAUAUGUGGUGGAAAAUAAUCCGAGGCAUAGCGAUGAGUACAAUUGGACAAGUGAAGGUAGUCGAAACAAUCAAGUUUGGGGGGUAAGUCACCGAGGAGCGCCGGCGCAUCGAGGAGCGGCGCGCGGCCGGGGCCGGGGCGGCCGUUAUCAGGCCCCCGCCCGCCUCCCCGCGCCCGCGCGCCCCAGUCCUGCCCGGCGGGAUCACCUGUUUAAUCGGCAAGUGCGGGGUGUAAAUAGUGCUAAUGCUAAUGUUUCGUGUGCGCGAUGUGGUUUGCCUCAUGGCAGUUCAAAAUGUCCUGCUAUUGGCAGAAGGUGUCUGAAGUGUAGUAAUUAUGACCAUUUUUCGCGGAUGUGCAAUGUUUACGAGGUGCGAGCUGAGGAAAACAAUGAUCAGGGUGGUGAUUCCUCCUGAUUGGUUUUAAUUAGCAGCCGGGUUGAAUAUGCGCGGUUUCGAAGAUGGAUUUGUAUAAGUACAUUAUUAAAAAAAAAAAAAUACCUAAACAACUAGCAGUAAGGUUCAAUUUCCAUUGGAGAUUAAUUUUGUUUUUAAAAGGUUAUGUAGGUAAAGAACACCUGUGCUAAGUACGAGUAGGUACAUAACAUAAUGGGUUAAGUAGUUAAUACAAAAUAUAAUAAGUAGGUAUGUACCUACUUAAUAGUCGCUAAGUCGUUAAAGUUAAAGUGUAAUAAUUCAAUAAUAGAUUAGUAACCAAUUGUGUAAUAUACUGUAUAAAAAUGGUUCAUUACCUCAUGAA